GUGUCGGUCGAGGCGCUGGCCUGGCAAGAGCCGCAUGGAGCCACGGAAAGCCAGCUGUGGUCUGGCCAGUUAUGAUUGCUGUUGUUUCGAAUAAUUGGAAAUGGGGUUAUCGGAUUUGGUCUUGUAAGAGAUAGCGCCCCGCUGUUCCCCCAGAUAUGGGUCCAAAAGCCAUAUUAACAGAGGAAGAGAAAGAGGCUCGUAAGAAGCGUCGCGCAGAACAGGCGAAACUUCGUUAUAGAGCAAAAUGCGGCGCCGCGCGUGAGAAGAUGCUCCAAGCGAUACGUGAAGCAAGGUGGCGUAAGACAUCGGCGUUGGACGAUUCGCAGCGAAGAGCGAUGCUCCAGGCGAAACGAGAUGCGGAACGACGACGCGUGGCGGCCAUGACGGACGAACAGCGCGAACAUUACAAGCAGAAGCGAGAAGCGGCACGAAAACACCGGGCGGCCAUGACGCAGCAGCAGCGCGACGAGCAUCACAAGCUGAAGCGAGAAGCGGUACAACAAGGGGUGGCAGCGUUGCGGCAGCACUACGCCUCGUUUGCAGCCGAACAGACACGUUCACCCUGUGCAGAUGCUGUGCCGAGAACUCCACAGUGUGUCGUACCAGGCUGCAGCUCGCGGUCGGCACCCAGUUCCAUCCUGUACCCCUUCCCUGCCAAACCGUCCCAGCGCCAGGCUUGGAUUGACUUUGUGCGAGGGUGCCCCUGUGGUGGUGCCCGCGACUGGAACCCACCGAUCAAGGAGAUCAGCUUAGUGUGCUCGCUGCACUUUACGGUUCACUGCUUCAGGUUCCAGAGAGUAAGCGACUUCAGCGUGGGCUACAGGAAGCGUCUGAUAGUGGAUGCAGUGCCAACGCUGUACCCAAUUGAAGAGCAGUGCAGUUUAGUGGCCAGCAAGAAUUCUACCGCCAAGAGUGCAGCACUUUUGGGUUCCUCUGAUGAUGAAAACGUCGAAAGGAGGACAUGUGAUUCAUUGGCUUACACUGAGUCAGUUGCAGGCCUCACAAAUGCAAUGAGCCUUGGUGAAUGCAUCACUGUUGCCAAAGUGGCAUGCCCCACCCCUUCCAAGGUCAUAGGUCAGGUUGAGGUUGGCACGCAGUUCAGCUUGCCUCUAGCUGACAAGUCUGUUGGGUGCUCCUUCAAAGCAGAGAGGGAGUCGAGGAGUGUGCAGACUACAGAGACUGUGGAUCAGUCAAGCUCCACCUCAGUAUCGAGGCCUUCUAUUUCUCCAUCAACAGCCAGCGAUGACAACUCACAGCAGGGAUGCCUCCACCAAUGUCGUCUCUGUGAUUAUGAGACUGAUAAACUGGUUCGUCUGGAAGAACACGGCAGAGUCCAUACUGGCGAGCGUCUGUUUAAAUGCGAUGUGUGCCUUCAGAGCUUUUCAAGAAAGAACACCCUAAACAGGCACCUGUUCCUCCAUACUGGCAAGCGUCCAUUUGUGUGCCAUGUGUGCUCUCAGUGCUUCUCGCUAAAGACCUACCUGAACGACCACCUUCGCACCCAUACAGGUGAGAAGCCAUUUCAGUGCCCUUUAUGCCUUCAGAAAUUCUCACAAAAGCCCAAACUGCAAGAACACCUGCGCACCCACACAGGCGAGAAGCCAUUUCAAUGUCCUUCAUGCCCUCGGAGCUUCUCGCUGAAGGGUGCCAUGAAGAGACACCUGCGCACCCACACAGGCGAGAAGCCAUAUCAGUGCCCCACAUGCCUUCAGAGAUUCUCACAAAAGUAUGCGCUUACAGAACACCUGCGCACCCACACAGGCGAGAAGCCAUUUAAAUGCCCUUCAUGUCCCCUGAGCUUCUCGUUGAAGGGCGGCGUGACGAAACACCUGCGCAGCAUUCACACAGAUGACCGACCAUACUGUUGCACUGUCUGCUCCAAGUCCUUUGCGCGGUCUGAUGGCUUGAUCAGACAUAAGAGAACACUGCACCAUGAUACUGUGGAGUAGGUUAACAGCCUUGUUGAAACAGAGUUUGAAUUAGGAAUCUACAGACGUGUAGCAUGCUGCAUGCUGUUCUGCUGCAUCAGGUAGCACAAGUGUCUCCAUAUGCUCUUAAAGGGGCCCUGGAACACUUUUUUUGGGUCACCAUAUUUGCUCUAAAUCUAUUCUCAGCAUGUCAUAAAACAAAGAGCAAAAGAAGUGAAAACUGACCCACACAAAGCCAUGUUGUUGCUCAGAUAGAAAUUCAAGAUACAUUAAACCUCAAUAUAACGAAGCCAGUAAAAUCAGCAAUUUGCUUUGUUAUAUUUAAAUUUUUUUAUAUUGUGACUUCAGUAUUUGAACAGUAUUCAAUAUGUAUUUCAAUUCGAUUCCUUUGUUGCAUUGUUUGACAAUCUCAAUUAUUACUGUUCGUACGCCUCUGCAAAAUAUGUAUGUUCAUAUUGUAGCGCUUAUAAUUACACAACAAAUGUCUGAAUGAUCUUUUUAAAUUCUUCAUGUGAACUUGCUCUGUUAGGCUAAUUCAUGUACUUGUCGCCUCUAGGUCCUGGUAUAUGUGGUUCAUCCUACAGACUUUUUUGAUCUUAUUCUAUCUGCACCUUUUUUUUUUUUUUGCAGAUAAGUACUUGUUUAAAGUAAUUGAUUGUUUAAUACGGUUGCUUGCCACUGUCUGUUUCAUCAGACCACCAAAUAAAUGCUUGUGUUUAACAAGUA